CCGCUACUACUACGUUGCUUGGCGACGGCUUCGGAGAAGACUCUCUGUUUCUCUCUCUUUCUCUUCCUCUAUCUCACUCUCUCUUUCUCUUUCUCUUCCUCUAUCUCACUCUCUUACUCGAUUUCUUUCUCUCUCUCUCUCUCUCUCUCUCUCUCUCUCUCUCUCUCUCUGUCUGUCUCUCACUCUCAUCUCGGACUGCGAGACUUCGUUGCUUCAGGGCUCUUACACUCCGUCUCGGCAUCCCAGAUCAUCGUCGACCUUCCCUACGUCUACCCGCCACUACCAGUCUUCGUUUGGUGAUUCUGACGGCACGUGUUGAUUUAAAUUCAAGAAAUAUCAAUAUUCGCAAAAACUCAUACCGAGAAACAAGCGAUUCAAGGCGCAUAGAGAAUAUGCGGCGAAGAGCAAGAAAUUCCCAAAAAACAGAGGAAUGCAAAAUAGAAGAAAAAUCCUGCCAUAUGAAUCAGGAAGAAUCAAAAAUAUAUUCCUGGCGUGAAUCUCUACCUGAUAAGAAAACACUGUUUGACAAUUUUGAAAAAAUCAGUGGCUUCUCAAUCGACAAUUUUACCAGUUACGAAAAUUUCGUACGUCUACUAUACAGACCUACGGAUCCCGCAAGUUUAGGUGUAGCCCGAGCUCUUUUCGGUCUAUGUAUGGUACUGGACGUUGUCGAAGAACGUGGAUUGGCAGAUAUUGAUAUUAAAUGGGGAGAUCCAUACACCUGUCAUUUCCCUUUGAUCCAUGGUAUGAAACCGCCAUCUUUGCCAUGGAUGAUAGUAAUCUAUACCAUAAUGUGGAUGGGCGCCUUUGGGAUUAUGCUUGGUUUCUGCUUCAAAUUGGCAUGUGCUUGCUUUGUCAUUCCUUAUUGGUACAUAUUUUUAUUGGAUAAAGGUUACUGGAACAAUCACAGUUACCUGUAUGGCAUAGUAUCUCUAUUAUUUUGGAGCACAAACGCUAAUAGAUAUUUCUCCAUAGAUUCAUUGUUGACACAAGCACAAGAUUCCAGAGUGCCACUUUGGAAUUAUUUUAUUUUGAACUUUCAAUUUUUUGCUUUGUACUUUCUUGCCGGUCUUAAGAAAUCUGGUCGAGAAUGGCUUGAUGGAUUUUCCAUGACGAAUUUGUCCACGCACUGGGUCUUUGAUCCUUUUAAGCUAUUUCUAACUACCGAGCAAACAGACUUUCUAAUAGUUCAUUGGUUCGGCUAUAUAUUUGAUCUAACCGUGGGAUUUUGGAUGCUCUUAGAUCGCACGCGUAUACCGGCAAUGAUAUUUUGCACGGCAUUUCAUCUCAUGAACUCCAGACUCUUCAGUAUUGGAAUGUUUCCGUACGUCUGUCUGGCUACUAUGCCUCUCUUCUGUCACACAGACUGGCCUAGGAAAAUUUUUUCGUAUUUCUCAAGAAAUUCCACUUGUUCGUCAGAUUACGAAAAUCUAGAAACUGCAUCAGAAACUUCUGAAGAUACUGAAAUUACUAAAGAGUGUAUAAAACAGGAAAAGAGUAUCUCUGAGAACUUUAUAAAAACAACAGAAAAUAAUGAUACCCUAAAAAAACAUCAGAAAAAUUACGAAAAUACGACCGAUGAGAAUUGCCAAAAAAAUCAGCAAUCGGAACAAACUCAAAAUCCUACAUCCAAACAAAGCGAAAAACCGCCAGUGAAUAUAAAACAAAAAUUUGUCGUAGCCUUAUUACUGUGUCAUGUCGUCCUGCAGUUCUUUUUACCAUAUUCGCAUUUCAUUACCAAGGGAUAUAAUAACUGGGUACCUGGUCUCUAUGGCUACUCCUGGGAUAUGAUGGUACACAAUUGGGAUACGAUUUUAGUUGUAGUAAAAGUCCAUGAUAAUCAGAACAAUAAAGAUUAUUUCAUGGAUCCACAAGCAUGGGUCCAAGGUGAUCGUUGGACUAAGCAUGGCGACAUGGUGAGACAGUAUGCAAACUGCUUGAAGGAAAAUCUUAUGCGACAAAAACGUCGCGCAGAAAGACCCAGCAUCUCGGACGGCAAGGCCUUCGUUAAUAAUCAUUGGCCAAAAAUGUCCAACAACUUAAGUAUCUACAUAGACGUAUGGUGUUCGCUGAACGGCCGAUUUCAGCAACGUAUGUUCAAUCCCAAAGUCGAUUUAUUGACCACUCAUUGGCAUCCUUUAGAGCCGGUCUCAUAUCUGAUGCCAUUAUUAACACAAUUUAGUUCAUAUAGAUACAAACUAUACGAAAUUCAACGCCACGUAUAUACCUGGUCGAAUUAUACAGACGUACUGUUCGUGGCGGAUUAUCCAGGAAUGCAUUUGGAUAAUUUCAUUAGCGAAGACCUGUCUAAUGUGACACUGACAGUUUUAGAAGGUGAAAUUAUGUAUACAGAAGAAGACUGGGAUCAUGGUACAGCUGUAGGAAAAGACGGUGCAAUUUCUAUAGUUGCUGGAAAAUUUCACAAAAUAGAAACAAUCAGCCCUUAUCCAGCUUGCUAUAUGUAUACCUAUAGUAAUCGUACCAGACAGCAAUUGGAAUCAAAGGGUUAUCAUAUGAAAUCUUGGCAAUUAAUGGACUAAAAAAUUAUUGACAACUGAAAUGGGUCAAUGUUUUUAUCGCUCCAAGAGACGUCGGGAAUUGCGCAAAACCUGGCAGGAUUUCUGAAAAAUUCAGCUCUAAUAAGCUGCUACUCUUUUUUCUUAAUUUUGGGUUACCACGGAUAAUUAUCUGCAACGACAACGAUCAUCAUUAUUUCCAUGAGAUAUGUCAGGUAAAUAAAAGUUCAUUUCAAGGAUUUGUUAGAUAUAGGCAUUCGUACAGUUUCCUAGUUUAACAUUUUAUAGUUAUGUACAUGUGGUGUUUUGUAACUAUUUUAGCCUUUAGUAGGAGAUUCUAUCAUGGACCCUAUGUUACAGCCCUUCAUGUUUCUAGGGAGAUAGUUUGUCUAUUGAUUUUUUAAACGUAAAAAAAAGCUUUUUCUAGGUUUUUGGUGCACAGAAAUCUGUGGACAAUUUUUUAAUAGAAUGAAUACGUUACUAUGUCAACUGCGUUGGAGGCUUGAUGCAAACUAAUCCGGACACAACAUUUCGUAAGGUCGUGAGGUGAUCCAAUAACUAACAGGUUGCGUAUUAUAUGAAAACACUUUUAGUUUGUGAAUCUCGUGAAUGUGAAUGACACAGUUAAAGCUAGAAAAAUCGACUUUCUUUCCAAAUCACAAUGUAUUUUUAUUCUCACUUCUGUUCAUUCCAAACUAGGAGCACAUAAAACCAAACAAUGACGUACCUUCAAAAAAACCGUAUUACCGAUGUUCGGCAUAUAUCAUAUAAAACUAGCAAGUCACUCCGUGGUUCGGUGAAACCGCAUAGUCUAUCGCAUAUCCAGAGUCGUGACCUUAGAGCGACAAUUUGAUUCAACGACUCCAAAUCCAACUAACAAUACAAAAUUUGAUUAAAUUUUUCUCCCUGUUCGUCCCUUUAUUAUGUUUAUCUCUUUGAG